GUUGUUCCCGCAGAGAGGCGAGAAGAUGGCGGCCGUGUCAAGCGGAGGUGCUGCUGGGUCCACUGCGCCCGGGAUUACGCACUCUGCCCGACCGACCCACGCAGUUAUGGGCUCCCAGAACCGAGGCCAGCCAUCCUCCGGGAUCAGCCACCCCAGUCGCACCAGCACGACCACUGGGUGCAUCACCAGUCCUGGCCACACUUCGGCCACCAGGCCCCCCCCAGCUCGAGUGGGCCACUAUGAAAUCGAGCGGACCAUCGGCAAGGGGAAUUUCGCGGUUGUUAAACUAGCCACGCACGUCAUUACCAAAGCAAAGGUGGCUAUAAAAAUAGUGGAUAAGACCCAGCUGGAUGAUGAGAACCUGAAAAAGAUCUUCAGAGAGGUGCAAAUCAUGAAGUUGCUGAAACACCCCCACAUCAUCCGCCUCUACCAGGUGAUGGAGACGGAGAGGAUGAUCUAUCUGGUAACAGAGUACGCCAGCGGUGGAGAGAUAUUUGACCACCUGGUGGCUCAUGGGCGUAUGGCAGAAAAAGACGCCAGAAAGAAGUUCAAGCAGAUUGUGGCAGCGGUGCACUUCUGUCACUGUCGCAACAUCGUCCACCGAGACUUGAAGGCAGAGAAUCUGCUCCUGGACCACAACCUCAACAUCAAAAUCGCAGAUUUUGGCUUCAGUAACUUGUUUUCUCGAGGCCAGCUGUUGAAGACAUGGUGUGGCAGCCCUCCCUAUGCUGCACCGGAGCUUUUUGAGGGGAAAGAGUAUGAUGGUCCAAAAGUAGAUAUAUGGAGCUUAGGUGUGGUGUUAUAUGUUUUGGUGUGUGGCGCCCUGCCUUUCGAUGGCAGCACUCUACAAAAUUUGCGGGCACGUGUCCUCAGUGGGAAAUUCCGCAUCCCCUUCUUCAUGUCCACUGACUGUGAGUACUUAAUCCGACACAUGUUGGUCCUGGAGCCCAGCAGACGGUUGUCCAUGGAGCAGAUCUGUAAGAACAAGUGGAUGAGACAAGGAGACCCAGACCCAGACUUUGACAGGUUGAUAGCAGAAUGUACGCAGGUGAAGACGGAGAGAGAGACGGAGCUCAUCAAUGAGCAGGUGCUGAUAGCCAUGUCUGAGAUGGGCCUGGACAGAGAGCGCACGCUUCAGUCCCUUCAAACAGAUGCGUAUGAUCACUACAGUGCCAUCUAUAGUCUGCUGGCUGACCGCCUCAAGAAACACAAGACGCUGCGUGUUGCUCAGCCUCCCCUGCGUUCCAUUAGCUACCCCCUUAAUGCUGUACAGCAGACAGAUCCACAGGGUAAUCCAGUUAGCAUGACCGUUCCCCACGUCCAGCUCAUCAACCCAGAGAACCAGAUUGUUGAGCCGGAUGGCAGCAUGGCACUGGACAGUGAUGAAGGAGAGGAGCCAUCUCCCGAGGCCAUGGCUCGCUACCUUUCAAUGAGGCGGCACACUGUGGGGGUACCAGACCAAAGGACAGAGAUGCAGGAAGACCUUCAGAAACUGCCACCAGGUUUCCCACGAGGUGCAGUGCCCCAGCCCCCAUUCCCUCUAUUGGCCCCCAAUAUGGGCCAAAUACACACUCUCAUGCCAACACAGAGCCUGCAGCCCACACAACAACUGGAGUACAAGGAACAGUCUUUGCUUCAGCCACCCACACUUCAACUCCUCAAUGGCAUGGGGCCUCUCGGCCGACGAGCUUCCGACGGAGGAGCUAACAUUCAGCUACAUGCUCAACUCCUAAAAAGGCCCAGGGGUCCCUCGCCUCUUGUCGCCAGCCCGCACCCUAUCCCUGCUGUAGCUCCAGUAGAUGAGGAAGGUUCGGAUGGAGAGCCAGACCAAGAGGCGGUACAGAGGUACCUGGCGAACCGCUCCAAGCGGCACACGACGCACGCGCUCAUGAGCACAUCGCAUGGCGAGCCCUCGGCAGACUCACAGCGGCCCCAGGGCCCCCGCCAGAGGGGGGGUUGGGCCCCCGACAUACACACCCGAUCCAGUUAUAAGGACUCUAACACCCUUCAUCUCCCCAUGGAGCGCUUCUCACCCGUCAGGCGGUUCUCUGACGGCGCCGCCACCAUCCAGGCUUUCAAGGCUCAUCUAGAAAACAGCAGCCUCAUUAAGCAACUCAAACAGGAGUGUGAGCAGCUCCAGAAAAAGUAUGCUUUCCAGCAGGAUGAGCAUCUCCUGGAGCACACCCAGCAGCAGCAUAUCCUCUACCAGCAAGAGCAACAAAUCCUCCACCAGCAAAUCCAGAGUCUGUCUUUAGGCCAUGGAGAGAGCCAGCCGAGUCACCUAACCCACCAGCUUCAGAGAUUGCAUAUCCAGCCCUCCAGCCCGCCGCCAACACAUCCCAGCAACCACCUCUUCAGGCAGUCCAAUCAGAGCCCUCCGCCUUGCUCUGCAGGCAUACUGCAGGGGCACGGUGGUCCGUCACCAGUGCAGUACCAGCACCAGCAUGGUACUGCAGCACUGUACCAAGGCCAGAGUGGAAGCCCACCUCCCACAGGUUUGCCUCGAGUCGCUCUCGCAACAAAUCAGCAAGCACCAUCUGUCCGCCCCACUGUCCCAUUGGCACAGGGUGUACCUCAACAACAGCAGGUGACCAUCCAGGUGCAGGAAGUGGAACUGGGAGGUGUGGCGCAGAGACAAGGUAGCUUUUUGUCCACACCAGGACACAGAGUUCUUGGGAAGCAGCUGAGUGCAGACAACGCCGAGAUGCACAGUCGCAGCCUCGGCCGCUUCACAUCGGGCUAUGAGCAGGCCCAGUUCAAUGCCCACCUCAUCUCUGGCGACGCUGCCUCCCGGGGCGCCUCCGGAGUGCUCAGCUCCUUCAGCCCGUACCUACAGGGAGCCUCGCUCAAAGUCCCCAGCCUAGAAGGGUACCAGGGCGGGGUGGUGGGGAGUGGCAACUAUGGUACUCCCUCAACACUACAACAGGCCCUGCUGUCCCCAACUCCUUUGGACUACCGCCCCCCACAACAGCACGUCACCCCCACCCUGCAGGGCCUCCUCUCCCCCCGUCACUCUUUAACAGGGCACGCUGAUCCCAGGUUGCCCCCCCAAGACCUGGCUGCCCUGCUGAAGAGGCACAGUCCCCGGCCGUGCCCAGCGCCCCCCACACCACCCAGCGGUCCGCCCCAGGAGUAUGGAGAGAUGUUGCUUCUACACCAGCUGAGCCAGGGUGAGAGCUUGGAGCAACCGACACCACAGGGUGCCCCCGGAGGCCCACACUACCUCCACCUCCUCCAGAUUCGACCACCUGAUGUCCAGCCACAGCAGCACCCAGCCCAGCCACCGUGCCCCAGCUUACCUUACUCAGAGAGCAUGGAGGAGGACGAGGUGCCACCUGGCUACCAUCACCCACACGAGGGCCUGCUGACCAAGGCAGGGGAAGGUCAUGAGCUUCUCGGGCCUCCCUGCGGAGGCACCCCGCCCUAUAACUCCCCGACACACAGGCAUGGCGGCUAUAUAAGGAGUCCUCCAGCAACGAGAGAAUCUGAGUGCGUGGAGUGUAGGCCCCCAGGGCAGGCCAUGGAGGUGCCUGAUCAUAAUGGUGUGGGCUACUCUCGAGGUCCCCAGGGUGACGCCUAUAGGUCCCGUGGACAACUACAGCGCCACCACACCAUUCAGACCUGCGAUGAUGCUUAUGACCAGGUAGAGCCCAUGUCUGGAAUGAGCCUGUUGGCUGGAAAGGCAUUAAGCUCUGCCCGCAUGUCAGACAUCCUCAGCCAGACAUCAUUGACAGGAAGCCAGCAGCUGCACCAGCGGGAAGAGUCAGUGUGUGAUGUCGAAGGGGAGCUCCAUGCAGCAGCGUGCUACCCCUCCUCCUGCACCAGUGACAUGCUCCUCAGCUACAAGCCCCCAGACCUGCAGUACAGCAUGGAGCAGGCUGGGGUCUAGCACAGGAAAGGAUGUAUCCUGUGUACAGCGGUCCAUAUCAGCCAUCCUGAGUUGUGUUGACUUGAGUUGAGCAGCAUCACACCAAACCCACCACCACCACCACCACCACCGUCGUCUUUUGCCCAACCUGGGCCUCGGGAGGGAGAGGGAGGGAGGGCACUCUACGUCCAUCUGUAUUGUCUCCGUCUGUCCCCGGGAGGGGACUCUGUAUAAGAGAGGGAGAGUGUGUGGGUAUAAUCUUCAGUGGGGGGGAUGGGUGGGUGGGGAGCACAGGUGGGGCUGUGGGGGUUUCAAAGGUCAAAGUGCCAGCAUUUUCUGCACAGACCUUCAGCACUCGCUGCUGCUGGUCAUCUCUUCUUUUCUUCACCUCCCGUCGCGGUUAGACUGCAGUUCCACUCCUCCCUCUUCCGGCCCCACAGCCUCACCCCCCCCUCACCACCUCACCUCACCUCACCUCUCGCCCCGGCUCCCACCUGCUGCCGCCCCCGGCCUAAAACUCCCGCGUCAUCAUUUGUCCUCUGUUAACUGUCGGCAUACUUGGUCAUGUGCCUCGUCGGCUAACGCAGCGAUCCAGUCACACUCGGCAGAACAUGGAGUCUAACGUAAACACACACUGCUGCAACAAAUCCAAAGUAUUCACGUUAGGUCUGAGUGCGCAUGCGUGACUGAAAAGACGGGGUGAGUUGACUUGAAGUUGUCUGUGAGAGUUGGUCAGUUCCUCCCUCUCUCCCGCUCUCUUCCCCCCCACCCCCCAUCCGCUGGCCUGCAGCAGAUAAUUCCGAAACGGGCCGAGAUGUCGACGGUGGCGGCCCCUUAUUGGCCGGGUGUUUUGGAUCUCUAACAAAGCCGCUCUCCAAAGAUGGAGCUCAGUGAUAUCGCACAGGACAAACCAGCUCUCAUAGUUUUAUAGUUUUUUUUCUGUUUCUCUUUUAUUUUUGUUCUGGUAUUUUUUUUUAAUUUUAAAAUUCAUUUUUACGGCUAAUGUCCAAGCAGGCAUUAUGGUCAAUAUUGUUACUCUUGUUGUUACUGUUUUCUGUAAAAUAAGUUUUAUUAUAAUGGAUAUUAUUAUUAUUAUUAUUAUUAUGUUAUUAAUGGAAAAAUAGUUCUGUGUUGCAAGGAAGACAACUUUGUUCUUUGAUUACUUAAAUCUGCACUUUCAGUUCAAGCUGUCCUCUCUUGUCUGUUUCCACCCUCUGCACACGGCUCCUCGCUCUCUGUCAUGCUGUUCACCUUGUCUUUCAAUUUACACGCCUGUUCAUCCACCUCGUCUUACCUUUCUCUCCAUCCUCCUCCCUCCUUUUCCAUGUCAGUGACAGUGUAUUGCAUUGUGGGUAGAUUUACCAGACAUUUGCUCCUUUCCUUGUACAGUGAUGCCAUGUAUAGAACGCUAUUGCAAUUUCUGUAUCAAAUCUAUUCUUUUUGUUACUUAUUUUCUUUUGUUUUGUUUUUAGAUGUCGUUGGGGAGGCUUUUUUUUAUAUCGGUAUUGUUUUUCAUUUGUACUUUUGGAUGUCUUCAAAGUGUUUCUUUUUUCUUUUACUUUUCCUUCGUUUGUUUCUUUGUUUUAUGAAUCGUUGAGAUUUCUAGCCAAAAAUGGACAGAGAGAAGAGAGACGCUGCUCUUUCUGUCCCGUAAAAAAGAUUGUUCUUAUUUGUUUUUAAAUAUUAUUAUUAUAUCGAGACACUUGAAUAAGAGGAGAGUAAUUAUUUUGUGUUGCUCUUUAAAGUAUCAUUUCAGUCGUUGAUGUUGUUGUGACUGUCAUUCUUGUUGAUGUGGGGCCCGUUUUCUGUUGGCGGGGUCGUUGGCGGCAGGUUAUACAGGGUCAGGCUUCGGGCUUUGUCGGGGUUGGUUUGGGUGCUACAGAGACUUGACAAAUAAACAGAAAGAAACAAUAAACUACCGGUGGAACAACUUGUAAUAUAGCCGACAUAUCAUCCCAAACAUCACAAGUGUGGGGACGGACAAACCCACUUCUCGUUCCCUCCCGUGCUGCCCUGCCCAUCUCCUGCGAUCCUCCCACCGUCUUUUACUACAUCGCUUCUGAUCAGAUGAAGCAUUGCGGACAGGACGCCUCCUCGCAAGUUAACCUGUUACUAUGGCAACUAAGGAGGACUCUACUACUGCUUUUACUGAACAGCCCUCUUUUGGUUUUGUUGAACUUAUGCCCCCCCCCCCCCCAAAGUCUGGAAGGGAUGAUUAGCGGACGCUGUAUCUACAUUUUAUAAUGGAUCCUGUCUGAGUUAGAUAAAUCUGGAAACACUUCCAAACCGCGAAAGGGGAGACAUUUAUGUCAGGAGGUGAACGCAAGACUGAAUCGUUGAAACAUCUUCCGCAGUGAAGGAUCACUCUAUUGCGGCCCGAGUGUGGAUAAGUGUGCCUGCCUUAAAACACGUCUACCAACAACAUCUGUGCAUCCUAAAUUGAGUCGAACUACAGCGCAGGCAAACGGAGGCUUCAGCAUACUGGAGGAUUAAAUAUCAGCUUUUUAAACAACAUUUUUAUUCAUAAACCUCUAUUUAUCCUCCCAUAUACAAGUACACCUGGAUGUUGAGGUGGGCCAGCAAGGGGGGGGGGGUGUGUGUCAAGAUUUCUGCUUCACUUGUUUGUGUUUAAAAACUGAUUGCACAAUAACCUGGCUGCAUGGCUGGCAUAUUGUUCGCUGUUUCCAUCCGAGAGCUGCAGAUGGUGUCAUGCGGCGCUCGUGCUUUCCAUUUUGCAUCAUGUCACUUCCUGUUUACCGGCAUUUCGCUCUCGCUCAGACUCAUCAUGGUUAGCCCUAGAUGUUAAUCUGUGAAAGCAGAGCGUGCACACGCGGGGUGGGAUGGAUUCAUGAAAUAACCUUGAUUAAAUCUGUUUUGGUGCGUUUUCCCCCACAAAACGAAACCUUCUCAUGUGUGAAACAUUUCCCUCCAGAUCUCAUUUGUUCCUCAUGCAGAUCUUUCCUGCACUUUUCUUGUUUACGCCAAGCCAAAACUUUGAUCUGGUGGAAAAAUCACUUUUUUUUUUACAUACAGGAGAGGGAAAUGCCUGUAAUGGAAGACGGUGCAUGUCUCGUGUCCCAUGGCAGUAUAGAAACUCUAAAAUUAAGACCUGGAGGCUCCACUUUGUCUGAUAUUGUGACCAGUACCAGAGCCGUUGUACGGAGAGCAAAGGCACACAGGAAAAAGACGACUUGUGUGAAUGGAAAGCACCGCACAUGAAUUCAGAGACAAUGGGGAGGAGAGCUGCUUUACACACAUCUCCUGCCUCUCUCGACUGAACCUUUACCCUCCUCUUCUCUUUUCUGUCUUAACCCUUCCAUUCCUGACUUAUGUGUUUUUUUCCCCUCUCCAUCCCAGGCUCAUUUCUCGACAAGCCAGCUCUCUGCUCCACCCCUUAGGUUUGUUUUUGUUCUUAAUUGGCUCUCUCUCUUUCUUUCUCUUUCUUUUUUUGUCAUUUUUUUUCCAUUUUGUUUUUUAUGUUCAUUUCUGUUGAGUACAAAAAUACUAAAGUGCAACAACGAUGAUUAAAAAAAUAUCAACCAAACUGAGAUGAAUAAAUAAAUAUAUAUAAAUAAAGAAAUAAUUUAAAAAG